AUGGCAGCAGAGCCUGGGGCAAGCGCGGCGCCCCGUUUCGAGUUCAUCGGAGACAUUGUCAACCCAUCAACGCCAAGUGCCGGAGUUGUUGUGGUGUCCUGGAAUGUGCUUUGCAAGUUUGGCUUCAACGAGCGCUUUGGUUUUCCCUACGAUGGCUUCAAUCGGCGCUUUGAGUCGGAGGCCGAUUACCUGGAGCGACUCCAACGCGUGGCAGAUAGAAUCAAGGGUUUCGCUGAGAGCCAUCAGCCAGACGUGAUCCUGAUCCAGGAGAAUGCGAAUGCGUGCAAGGGCGAGUUUGGAAGCGAUGCCUUGCCUCGGAUGCUGCUACCCUUGCAAGAUAAGCACUAUCAGAUUCUUCAGGACGGAGAGUUCCUCAGUCUGGUGCGGGAGCGUAGCAAGAAGGCGUUCACUUUGGACUUGCCACCACUUCAUCGAAUGCAAGGCAAAGUGCACGCAGUACGCUGUCCAGAUCUGAAUGUCGUGAUCCUAAACGUGCAUCUGGCAUUUGACAAGCGUGGCAGCGAGAACUCGAAGUUGAAUCGCCAGGACCUUGAAGCCAUCCGGCGCUUUUGCAACGAAAGCUAUCCCGGGACCUCCAUCAUCUUGGCCGGUGAUACGAAUCGGGUCUCCGAGCAAGAUCGCCUGGACGAACUUGCAGAGGUCAUUGAGCAGCUUAUAGAUGGACUCGGCAUCCUGUACAUGCCGCCGAGUCCCACGAACAUUCGAUAUGACUGCAAGACUGGAAAGAGCGAGUUCACCUAUGCCGAUUUUGUCGCUGACCUCACAUUACACAGUUGA